GAAAAUGUACAUACAUACAUAUAUACAUUAAUCAAAGUAAGAAUUAUAGACUUUCUAGCUGAUUCUUUGGAAGUUGAAAUUGCUCUCUUGCACAGCAACACAUCAUCACAGAGUCAUCUUCUUUCACUUACCUACCCUCACUUUCCUUCACAACUCCAGCAUCCUUUCAUCUUCAAACUUGAUCAUCAUUUCGGUCCCAUCUGAGAAGCUCUUUAUUCUAUCUUCUAAAGGGAUUCCGGAACAACUGUUAGCUCGCCGAGGCUCAGCGGCAAGAGACUGAAUAUUGACGCGUUCAACUACCUAUCAAAAUGCGAGUCAUCAUCAGGAAAGACCCUCAGGCUGUGUCUGAGUAUAUCGCCGACUAUAUUGUUAGUCGAAUCAAAGCAUUCGCCCCAACUGCUGAGAAACCAUUCGUGUUGGGCCUUCCAACCGGCAGCAGCCCAGAGAUCAUCUAUGGGAUCUUGGUUGAGCGCUACAAGGCCGGCGAUAUCUCCUUCAAGAACGUUGUGACCUUCAACAUGGAUGAGUAUGUUGGCAUCCCUCGGGACCACCCGCAGAGCUACCACACCUUCAUGUACAAGCACCUCUUCUCCCAUGUUGAUAUCCAGCCGGGCAAUAUCAACAUCCUUAACGGAAAUGCUCAGGACCUGGCUAAGGAAUGCGCUGAAUACGAAGAAAAGAUCGCACGUGUGGGUGGUAUCGAUCUGUUUCUCGGCGGAGUCGGUCCAGACGGCCACAUCGCUUUCAACGAGCCCGGUUCGAGCUUGAACUCGCGCACCCGCGUCAAGACCCUCGCAUACGAUACCAUACUAUCUAAUUCACGCUUCUUCGACAACGACGUGUCCAAGGUCCCACGCAAAGCAUUGACUGUGGGUAUCAAGACCAUCAUGGAUGCGCACGAGGUCGUCAUUGUCGUGACCGGAGCGCACAAGGCAAAGGCAUUGCAGAAGGGACUCGAAGGAGCCGUCAACCACAUGUGGACCCUGUCUGCGUUGCAGCUUCACCAGCAUCCUUUGAUCGUCGUCGACGAAGACGCAACUCUGGAGCUCAGGGUUAAAACCGUUAAGUAUUUCGAAAGCAUUGAGCAGACCGGCACCGACGCUCGCACCCAGGGGCCGCCGCUUGUCCACCGCACCAAGCCUUACUACAAGCCCGUCACAUCCAACGGCGAUGUCAGCAGUCCUUCCCGGCCAGGUCUUGGUCUCAAGGUCGACACCGGAUUCCAACGCCCGCUGGAUGAUCCUGACGAGCUCACCCCCGACAGCAUGUCCUCCCGUAUCCUGGAUUCUGCCGUUGCAGGAUUGGACGAGACCAUGCUGAACGGCGACAUUAUUUUUGACCGCAUGGGAUCCCGAAUUGUCACCAACGGUUAACUAGAGCGACAUACGCUGUCAAAUCAAUGGAUCAAAAAUAAAUAAUGAUGUGACGUCGAAAUUCAAAAUUCGUUUCCCAGAAAAUUGAGAAAAAGACAAAAGGAAAAAAGUGAGAAAAAAAUCACGAUGCGUCCUCGCGACUUCCGAAAUUUCCGUUACGUCCAGGGGAUUUUCAGCACGCGCUUAGUUAAGUCCGGAUUUCCAAUUCUGCAUCGAUUUGAGAGGAGCGCGACAUCAAGCAAGAUAGUUACGCAUUUCGGUUGGACGCAUACGAUCUCUUACGAUUGACGACAAUUCCAUUCUAAUUCGAGGUUGCGAUCUUUUGUUUUCUUAACAUAACCUUCUUUUGUUUUUUCCUCUUCUCCACCCCUUUCGCACUAACCGCUGCGCCAAGUCUGGUGCUCGUUGUGCGCUCGGCUUUUGCCCCGUAACAACAACGGCUGAUUCCUUGAACCAACAAGGUGUGGAUAAGGGGGAGUGUGAGGAUCUUCUACACAUGCUUAAUUCUGGUCUGCUUAGUUGUCUUUUUCAUGCCAUUAGCUACUGAUCACUUUGUAUUGUAACAAUUUUUUAAGAUUCCCAACCUCCUUUUUUGCCCCUGCUAAUAGAGCAAAAGAUACCUGUAUCAUACCAUAUUAAAAGUUUCAAGAGAUUCCAUUUCAUGCAAGGGGGGAGAUAUUUUUGUUUAAUUUUUUUGCGUCUCGUUAGCUACUUCAAUUCUUCAAUUUUUUUCUUUUCUUUGGGCUGGUUUUGGUUGAAUUGCUUUAUGGAAACCAGCCAAACAUGUAACUAACUGUGGAGUACAUGUUAUCCCAAGAGA